AUGGCUUCCCUUUCCUCGGCCAGUAUGGGCCCAACAGCAUCACAAGUAUCCGGCAACCCGCCGCCCAUCCUCGAGAUCUUCAACUUCCUCUCCAGCUCCUCCUUCAUCUUGUGGGGCAUAGCAGCCUCCACCUUCUCAGGCCUUUACACCGCAACGUCGUAUCUGUUUACUCCCUUGACGCUCCUUCUUCCCGUCGUGAUCUAUAUUGUGUCUCCCAUCACACUCUUUCUUCAACUCGUCCUCGACGGACUGAUCAUCGUGCCCUUUAACCUCUCGGUGUACAUUCUGCAGGCGAUUUACCCCCUGUAUGUCUUUGUCGGCGUCGCGUGUGUUAGUGGGGCUGUCAUCGGGUUCGGAGCGCGACAUGUCGUCAGUGUUGUUGGACACGGACUUCUGGGGAGGAAGACAGUCAAGGACGCUCCCGCAUCAAGGGAACCCGAUGAUUCUCGGGCCCCAGUCCCGCGGAGCUCAAGGAAGGGCAAGAAAAAAGUUUCACUUCAGUGA